CCUCAUAACAAGUUGAAGCCGAGCACUUUUGGAGCUUUGAUUUGUGUCGUUUUGCCUGUUUUGCCUGCCGCUGCUCCUUGCUUGGAUGUUUAUUUGCCGGAGUCUAUUAGAAACUGUGCGUUUGUCCGGACAAUGGCUCACGGUUGCCAUGGACACCAGUGUCCGCCGAAGAGUGGAGCCGUAGCCAUUCAAUCCCUCGACGAACUAGACUUUGACCGUGGAAUAUGGAGUGCCGCGAUGAACAACGAGAUCGAUCGGCUGCGUACGCUAGUGACCAAAGGACAUCUGCAGGAUCGUGAUAGUUGCGGUUACACCGCUCUCCACUAUGCCGCUCGUAGUGGCCACCUGGAGGCGUGCCGAUUGCUUCUGUCCGCCGGCCUUGGAGUGGACGAGGUGACGAACGGAGGCGUGACCGCGCUUCAUAGAGCCGCAAUGAUGGGGCAUGUUGAAAUCGUUGUUGAAUUGUUGAAAAGUGGGGCCGAUCCGCGGCGACGGGACAACGAUGGACGCACGGCACUACAUCGUGCGGCCGAAGGAGGUCACCUGAGCUGCUGCCAGCGGUUGGUCAGCCACAGUGCCACUCUGUUGAGGAUCGAGGACGAGCGACACCAGAAACCGAUCGAUCUUGUGCCCGAUCAUCGUACCAACAGCGACGAGCUGCGUCAUGUUUUAGCUUUGUAGCUUUGUGUUUCUUCGUUGAUACAGCGCACAACACAAAAAGUUAUGCAACAUUCAUUGUUUGCUUGUUUUCGUUGCCAAAAGGACCCCAAACAGCUUUUUGGAGGUCGUCUGAGUCCCGGUGCAGAAGGCACCAUUUCUCUGCGUGUCGCACAAAGUCUUUGUAGGCUUAAGAGUGUCCAAAAUUAGAAUACUACUAGUGAAUUGACAUGUAUAAAAUGAAACAUUAAUAAAACUA